AUGGGAAGGGUAAAUUUUGGUGCAAGAUGUUGUCCAGGUGGUUUUUCUUUUUGGAGAGCCAAUUGGAAGCCAAACGCGGAGUUGCAGCUACAGCCCCUACCAAAACCCAAAGAAGCUAAUGAAUCCUACAACAAUGUUCUAUCAGACGAACCAGAACCAGAUAUCUUAAUUAUAAGGAAUAUCGAUCCAUGUAUAAAAGCUAAUGGCGCAUUCCAUCAUACCUCUCGAUAUGAAGUUAUGGAACGGGAGUAUUAUCCCCAACUGGUUGUCCGAAGAGGACAGAGUUUUCAAUUAGAUAUCACUCUUAACCGACCAUAUGAUGAAAAGAGGGAUGGAGUUUCGUUCAUAAUAUUUCUAGAUGGAGAGGAAAGACUAUCCCAUGGAAAUGGUUCGUUAGUAGGAGUACCUUUGUUAAAGAAACCAAAUAAAAACCUUUCUUGGAAUGUUCUACUAGAGAAAAGUGAAGGUUGUGUAAUAACGAUACAAAUUACUACACCACCUGAUGCCAUUGUUGGAAAAUGGAACUUGGAAGUGGAUACAAAGCUAAUGGAUAAUGGAUCCUAUAGCUACAGCUGGGAAACACGAAUCUACAUUUUAUUCAACCCUUGGUGUGUUCAGGACCAGGUAUAUUUAAAAUCAAGCGAGUGGAGAGAAGAAGCUGUUCUUAACGAUACGGGAUUAAUUUGGAGAGGAACUUACAACAGGUUACGUCCAGUUAUUUGGAAAUACGACCAAUUUGACAAAGAUAUUUUGGACUGUUCCUUAUAUUUAGUAAACAUAGUAGGAAAGGCUAAAGUUAGACAACGAUCUGAUCCUGUAAUGACUACUAGAGCUUUAGCUGCAGCAGUAAACUCUCCAGAUGAUAACGGAGCAAUAAUGGGAAAUUGGUCUACAGACCACAGUGGAGGAACACCUCCAACAAAAUGGAUAGGCAGCAAGGAGAUCCUACAGCAGUAUUACAAGAAGAAAAAACCUGUUAAAUAUGGUCAGUGUUGGGUAUUUGCAGGUGUCCUAUCAACCGCUUGUCGAGCUCUUGGCAUACCUGCUAGAACCGUCACGAAUUACUCUUCAGCUCAUGAUACUCAAAACUCUUUAACGGUGGACUAUUUCGUUGAUGAAAAUGGGUCUUUAAUGGAAGAAAUGGCGUCAGAUUCCGUCUGGAACUUUCAUGUUUGGAACGAAGUCUGGAUGGAUAGACCUGAUCUGGGUAGCCAUUAUGGUGGAUGGCAAGCCAUCGAUGCCACGCCGCAGGAAUUAAGUGAUGACCAGUAUAGGUGUGGACCUGCAUCUGUGAUAGCUGUUAAGCAAGGGGAGGUACUCAGACCGUACGACAGCACAUUUUUAUUCUCUGAAGUUAAUGCGGAUAAGAUCUUUUGGAAAUACACUGGACCAACGCAACCAUUAAAACUACUGGACAAAGACACUUACGGCAUAGGAAAAUUAAUAUGCACGAAAGCUCCAGGCGUCUUCGAUAGAGAAAAUAUAACAUAUUCGUAUAAAUACGAGGAAAGUAGCGACGAAGAAAGAUCUACAAUGUUAAAAGCUUUGCGCCAAUCAGAAAAUUUAUUUUCUAGGUAUUACCUUAACGAGGAAUUUAAUGACAUACACUUUGACUUCAAGCUCAUCGACGAUAUUAAGAUUGGACAGCCGUUUAAUGUUAUACUAGACAUGAAAAACAGAAGUACGACAAAGGAGUAUAAGGUGUCUGCUAACAUAAGCGUCGAAGUAGUAACCUAUACAGGUAAAGUAGGGGAGAACGUUAAACAGAAGAAAUAUAAUGUUGUUGUCAAGCCAAAAGAAAGUCAAGAAUUGAAGUUAUAUGUUACUUACGAUGAUUAUGGAAGAAGAGUGAUAGAUCAGUGCGCAUUUAAUGUAGUAUGCCUAGCGAACAUAGAAGAUACCAAUUUUGAGUAUAUUGCGCAAGACGAUUUUAGAAUAAGAAAACCAGAUAUUAAAAUCAAGCUAAAAACAACUCCCAUAGAAGAAACUGAAACAUACGCCGAGAUUUCUGUAGAAAAUCCGUUACCGAUGGCCUUAAAGAAGGGUGUCUUUACUAUAGAAGGACCUGGUAUAGAAGGAAAGCUUAAAGUAUAUGCCAAAGAAAGUGUGCCACCUGGAAGUCGUGCUAAAGCAGAGUUUAAAUUCACUCCUCCACGAAUAGGAAGGCAUACCAUAGGUGCCAAAUUUGUUUGUAAACAGAUGGACGAUGUGGAUGGUUUUCUUUCGAUAAUGGUCGAACCAAAAAAAGACGACAAUACUUUGGAUAAUAAUAUUUAA